CUUUAUACAACCAAGGCCCCUUUCUCCGUGUAACCACGCCCAAUCAGCUGGUUCCUGAAGUUCAGCGAGCCUGAGGAGGAAAAAAAAAACUUUCCCUCGCUUCUGUGCGGUCUCUUGGUGAGCCGAUGGUAGCCACCACUGUGUUUUGUUUUGGAGGAUUACAUUUUUAACGACUCUGAGCCGUGUCAGCAUGUCCUUGACGGAUCAGCAGUGGUGUCCCACAAGCGUCCAGGUAACGGUACUCCAAGCCAGGAGCCUUAGGAUAAAGGGGAAAAGUGGCACCAACGAUGCGUACGCGGUCAUACAAGUGGGCAAAGAGAAGUACCAGACUUCAGUGGUGGAGAAAUGCGUGGCUCCGGUGUGGAAGGAGGAGGCCUCUUUCGACCUCCCGCAGCUGAACCAGGGAGGAGGAGGCAGCACGCUGCACGUCCACGUCCUUCACCGGGCUCUGGUGGGCCCGGACAAACUGCUGGGACAGGCGGUCAUUAAUCUGUCACAGCUCAGUGAGGACAAAACACGCAACAAAACCGAAUGGUUUAAACUUCUUGAUAAGACUGGUAAGCCAGACAAAGACAGAGGAGAGGUGCUUCUGGAUAUCCAGUUCAUGAGAAACAACAUGACUGCCAGCAUGUUCGACCUUUCUGCUGCUGGCAAAUCUCGGUCUCGUCUGGGCAAGUUCAAGGACAAAGUUCGUGGCAAGAAAAAGGAGUCAGAUUCUGUGACCAGCGUGGCGCCGUCUUUCAGUCAGGUCCUGACGGACAGCGAGGAGGAGGGCACCGGGGAUGGUGAAGCGGCGACGGGCAAGGAUGGAAAACAGAAGAAACACAAGAUUAAGUCUUUGUUUUCUCCAAAGUCCAACUUGCAGAAGAGCAUGUCUCAGUCUAUGUCUGUUCUGCCUGGGAAGAACUCCACGCUCACCGGCAGCCAAUCAUCUGGUCUGAAUGUCGAUUCCUCAGAGGGUAAAAAGAAGUUCAAGUUCAUGAUACAUAAACGCUCGGGCAGCUCAGGCAGCAAGGAUUCAUCAUCUGGUCGUGAAAAACAGGUUUCUGUAGAACAGAGUAAUUUAUGCAUCAAUGGCAGUCACGUAUACUGUGAGGAGCCGCCAUCUCGGACUUCUCGCAUCAGCUCAAACUUCAGUCUGGCCAGUUCAGGUCAUGGAUCAAUGGAGGAUGUCCCUGAAAACUCUCCACCACCUGAGCAACAAAAGGCAGCGAGGCAGUGUUCACCUUGGGAAGAGGAUGAGAAGGAGGAGGAAGACACUCCUGAAGUUGAAAACGUUAAAGCGAAUGUGAGUGAUUUAGAAAGGACUAUAAUAGAGGAGGAGACGAAAGAAGAGAAGGUUAAAAGGCAACAAGAGAGGCUUGAAAGUUUAGCUGAGGACAGAGAAAAACAAGAGGAAGAGGAGACAAGGAAGGAGGAGAGGAAACGGAUUGAGGCAGAGGAGAAAAUUAGACGACAAGAAAGGAUCAGGAUGGAAAAAGAGGAAAAAAGGAGACUAGAAGAACAAGAAAAUCAAAGAGCUGAAGAGGAAAGACUUAGGAAAGAGGAGGAGAAGAGACGGGAGGAUGAGGAGAGGGCUAGGAAGCAAAGAGAAGAAUAUGAAAGACUGUUAGAGGAAAAAAUGCAACAAGAAGAACAAAGAAGACUUGAGGAAGAGGAAAGAAUUAGAAGGGAAGAAGAGGAAAGGGUUAGGAUGGAGGAAGAGAUGAAGAGGAGAAAAGAGGAAGAAGAGAGGACUAGAAAGGAAAAGGAAGAAAUGGAGAGGCUGGAGGAAGAGAGAAGACUGCAGGAACAAGAAAAGUGGAGGAUUGAGGAAGAGGAGAGGAUUAGGAGUGAGAAGAAGGAAGAGGAGGCAAGGAAGCUGGAGAAGUUGAGGAAUGCAGAAGAGCAAGAGAAGAGGGAAAACAAAACAACAGAUGAAGUUAGGGCUGCAGGGAAGAAACCCAAAGUGAGCAGUCCUGCAGUCACUUCCACUAAUCCUUUUGAUGAAACCUUCUCUUCCAACCCCUUUGAGGAGAUUCCCAAGUCCCUCGACAGCAGCACAGCUGACGAGCCAACGGUUCAGCAACGGUGUCACUCUGCCAUGUCAUUGGUGAGAAGUAAGACUGGUUCUGUGGAUGAAAAGGACCUGAUUAGUACUCAACGGGAGAAGCGAGCAGCUCCUCAGCCGCCAGUAAGGAGUCAAGCUGGCAAGCAGCCUCACAGGGAGCAGGAUGUGCCGGCACGACAUCUGGCACAAAUUAACAAGCAAAGCAAAGACAAAGAUGUCAAAACUGUCAGUGUUCCCCCACAGCGCUCGGUGCAAAUGAUCGCUCCGCUGUGUAGGUCUCCCACAGAUUCAAAGAACUCCCAGAGCCUGAUGCAAAGCAAUAACGCUAAUGGAACAACAAACGAAGCCAAACACAGCAAACGUCCUGCGCCGUCCGUACCUCCUCCUGUGGGAGAAAAGCAGUCAUCAGAACCAAAAACGAGCUCUAAUCUAGGCGGCGCAGAGACCAAACAAGUUAAAGUUGUUUGUGGCUUAAAUCCUUUUGAGGAUGAUGAAGAUGAAAGUGAGCUCACAGCUCAAGAUGACACAGCAGUCUCUAGUAAUACUGGUUCAAUACACUGGCCUGCAGCUGUGUCACAAAGUGCAGAUAAAGAUGCUGCCUCUCAACCAAAAAUCAAAUCCUCAAAGACGGCCCACGCUCCCCCACCUCCUGCAAAGAAUGACAUCAGCUCGAACACUUUAACGAACCCGGGCACGGAAAGAAGCCAUGCUACAGGUGAUCGAAGUGCAGCUGCGCCCGAUAACGAUGCACUCCAAGCAUGCGACCCGUAUUAUGAGUCCACAAGUCCUGGGCAUGUCCCAGUGAGUCCACUCCAAGAGUCCCAGUCCCUUAAAGUCCAGAAUAUAGUGGAGACAGAUGUGAAGAAAGACUGGGCCCCUACACCUUCACGCAGGCUUCAGCCGGUAAGACCUCUUAAUCCUCUUGAGCAGCAGGGUGCCUCAGUUGUUCAAGAGGAAAAUGAAAACAAAUCCACAGGAAUCCCCAGUGGACUUCAGGACAAAACAACGGUGGAUGACAGUGGGAUGAAAGGGCCUUACUCCCAGCUGACCCGGGAGGAACUGAUCUCUCUGAUCUUGAAACAGGAGAACCAGCUCUCGGAGAGAGAUUAUAAGAUAUCGGAGCUGGAGCAGUACAUUGAUAAUUUACUUGUGCGAGUCAUAGAAGAGAAGCCAAGUAUCCUCAUGUCCUUGACCGCUAUGAAGAAAGCUGCUUAGGUAGCUUUGCAGGCAUCACUGUAUUCUUGCUGCACUUAAUCAGACCUGUUUAUUCACAGCUCGUCCACAUUAGAAAUAUCACUUUAUAGAUGUAUUGGUUACGUUAAUGCAACUGGAAUACUUUUGCUGUAAAGUGUGGAGGAACACUUUAGAUUUCAAAUAUUUCAUCACCCAAUAAAAUUAAUGAUUUGAGGGAAAGAAAAUCUUUGAAAUCUUUGAAAUAUUUAGCUCUCUCAGCUAAAGGAUUCAGUUUGGAAAGACUUUGUAGUUUUUAGAUGAUCGAUAAAUUUAGACAUUUGUUUCAUGUGAGUUUAAAGGAUAUCUUGUAUAUAUCUGGUCAUGCCUGUCAUCUUUCUUCUGGAAAUAACUUUGAUAAAUGUGUAAUCCUGCCAGCAUACCAGACUUGUUGCAUUUCAUGGUGAAACUCGAGUUGAUUUCUCUCUGUAGAGCUUACUGUCAAAGUUUACUGCUAAUUCCCAUGUGCACUUUAAGUAGCUCACACUAUUAACUGUUAAGACACUGAACACUGUACUGAGUAUUUUUACUGCUUAAAUAAAUUUGAAAAAUAAAAUAAAACCAUGAAUUAAUACAAACA